GAAUUCCGUUUAUUACUCAAUAUAAACAUUUUGUUUUUAAGUUGAUAAUUCAACGUCUAAGUAUUUGACUAAGUUUUUUCUUGUUUUUUAAACAAGAAUUAAUCUUACUGAAAAAAAUUGUUUGAGUAUUGUAGUCAUGCAUUACGGGAGUAAAACGACAUUCAUUGGCACUGACAAUGAAAAACGGAAAACACCAUUUUCCAAAAAAUGUAUCAUGUACGCCUAUGAUAAAGAUUCUGGUGAAAUUUUUGGACGUACACCUUCUAGCUUAGCUCAAAUAGGUAUUUUUUAUUCAGUAUUUUACAUAACACUGGUUGCAAUAUUUUCGAUAGUAUUAUGGGUUUUCUUCCAAACAUUAGAUCCACGUAUUCCUACAAAGCAGUUAGAUAGAUCUCUUAUUGGAACAAAUCCUGGACUGGGCUUUAGACCUAUGCCUAAUGAAACACACAGUACUUUAAUUCAUAUAAAUAGCACAUUAACUGAGGAGUAUACUGUGUGGAUAAAACGACUAAUUGAUUUUUUGGAAGUUUAUAAGACACCUGGUUUGACACCUGGGAGAGGUGAAAAUAUAGCUACAUGUAGUUAUGAUCAGCCACCUGGCAAAGGGAAAGUAUGUAAUGUUGAAGUCAGAGCAUUUGAUCAGUGUACAGAUGAAAACCGAUUUUACUAUGACAGACAAGCCCCUUGCAUAUUUCUAAAACUUAAUAAGAUUUAUGGUUGGAAUCCAAUUUUUUAUGAUGAUCCAAAAGAACUACCCGAUGAAAUGCCUGAAUGGUUAAAGUCUUAUAUUAGAAAUAUAACCAAUCCUAAUGAGUUAAGAACUGUAUGGGUGUCAUGUGAUGGAGAAACUGUUGCAGACAAAGAACUUAUUGGUCCAAUUUCUUACAACCCAAGACCAGGAUUUCCUGGAUAUUUCUUCCCAUUUGAAAAUGCUGAAGGAUAUCUCAGCCCCUUGGUUGCAGUGCAAUUUAAAAGGCCACAUAAUAGUAUAGCGAUUAAUGUAUUGUGCAAAGCAUGGGCAAAAAAUAUUUAUCACAAUAAAAACGGAAAUCGAGGAGGAUCAGCUCAUUUUGAACUCAUGAUAGAUUAAAAUUAUUAUUAAAAAAUAAUUUGACUAACCAUGUAUAAAAUAAAUAUAAUGUAACAGUUAGA